AUGUUGAGUAUUAUUAAUACACCAUUAUUUAUAUCUUUUAACUACACUUUGAUUGCUGUAAUUUUUGUUAUUGUUGCUGGCCAGUUCAAACUAAGCAAUGAGCUACGAUGGAAGCGAGACUUUAUGUAUGUUUCUGAGAUAAACUCUACUGAUGCCACUUGUUUUCAGGAUUGUAAUGAUAAAUGGAAGAGUAUAUUUGAGCAUGAAUUCAACUUGACCACGAUCGAUUUUUAUGAUUUUCCUUUGCAUCCGGUAAUACUUGACCAUAGUGGAUAUACCACGUACUGCAAUAUUUCCGAGCAGCGUACUCAGUGCUACAUUGAUGAAUGCAAUGAUCAGUCUGCAACUCGAGUAUUUUCACCUUCCAAUUUUUUGUGUCGCUUCAAAAAACAUCAUUUUUUGGACGCAAGAAGUUGUUUGGAGAAAACAGAACCUCUUACAUUUCUUAAAUGUGAUCAUACGUGCCAUUUGGAGGCACUGAAAAAUCUCGAAAAAAAAGAUCGUGCAUUUCCUGGCAAGGCUAUAAUAGUGAAAGAAAGUUGUGAAAAAAAAGAAGCAGAAUCAGCGCUUGCAUUGAUUUCUCAGUAUGUUGCGUGGCAUGCAUCAGACAUUUAUGAUUGGCAUAUGCUUUCUGAUUCUCUUCAUCAUUUUCCGACAGGUUGUCAGCAAUUAGUUUCAAAAGUGUCUAAGAACGACCCUAUAGUUCGUAUCAUUAACAGUUUUUCAUGA